CUAUAGCUCUGAACGGAAUGUCACUGCUGCUGAGUCUGAUUUGAGUGAGAGUGCUAUUUAAUUGUCAAUUUUCGAGUUUCAAAGCCAAACAGAAAGAAUCAAAACAACCACGACAAUUCACGAAAAUUAUAAGCCUUUCGAAGGAUGCAAAAAGGCCCACAACGUCUAUCGACUACCGAAGAAGUUUACACAUAUUCCGAGAAUCGCCGACCAGUCUCCAUGAAGCGACGAACUUUAGCGGGCACCUGUGGAAUUGGUGUCUUUGCAAUCGCCCUAAUUACAGUAGUUCUGGCUUUUGCCACACCCAGUUGGUUAGUCAGUGAUUAUCGCAUCACAGGAUCAAAAUUGGAGCGCCUAGGACUAUGGGUGCAUUGUUUUCGGUCGCUGCCCGAUGUUAAUGACGACAGUCAGAGGAGAUUUUUCGUGGGUUGUCGCUGGGUCUUUGAUCCAUUCACGAAAGGCUACAACGAGAUUCGUGGAUUCCUUUUGCCUAGCUUCGUUAUUGUCACUCAGUUCUUCUACACUCUCUGUUUCAUUGGAACUCUCAUGACGGCAGUGAUGGUGCUCAUAUUCGGACUUUGUGCGGGCCCCGAUCAAAAGCAUUUCAUCCACCUCAUCAAAGCCAUUGGAUUUUGUCUCCUAGCAGCUGGUUCCUCAGGUUGUAUUGGAGUUCUGGUGUUUGCCAUUUUCGGCAAUCGCAAUGGCUGGAUGCCAGAACACGCAAACAACUGGUUUGGUUGGUCCUUUGUCGUUGGAAUCAUUGGAGCCGUCAUGACCAUCGUCGCUUCAAUUUUGUUCCUUGUCGAGGCUAACGUACAGGAGAAGAAGAGGAAGCAAUUCAAGGAAUCCCAGACCAGGUUCGAAUUAGUCCGCGGUGGAAACGCAUAGGUAAGGUAACCUGACCACAGCAAGCCAACCUCAUCAAUCCAUCGAUCGACAAUAAUUUUUAGUAUAAAUAAUGUUUUAAUGUUCUAUUUUAAUUGAAGAAGUUUAUGCAAUGUCUGCAGAUGCUAAAUUGCCAUUUUAAUCCGUCCAUAUCGUAUCACACCACCAAUAAUUAUUAUUGAAAGAAACAAUCCAUAGACUCUGUUGGUACUUAUUUAAAGAAAAAAAAAAGACGACUUUAUUAACUUAUCUUUACACUUUUGUGUAAGUGAGACUGAACGAAAGCCAACUGCUCCUUUUGAGGCAAGUGCUGGACAUCAUUCGCUGCAACGCUCAUAACUAAUUACUCUCUCCGAAUAUCAUCGAAAAUCAAUUAAGGAUGCAACAGACUAACCACAGACUGAUACGAUUGAAUUUUAAUAAAUGUGUACAUUCCAACAUUUUCCAAUAACAACAAAAUCAAACAACCAAAUGUGCCUUAAAGUGAACCAAAUUCUAAAGUUCUCAACAAUUGCAUAAACUUACUAAGUAGGUUUUCUUUUUUGUUUUAAAUUUAAGUACAAAAGUUUUGUACCUUCACACGAUACAAAUAUAUAAUUCGAAUAUUUAAUUCUAAGUAAACAUAAAUGUGUACGAAUAUAAAGUAGACACGCAAGAGUAAACAAAUUAUUUUAAUCGAGACUUUUAUAAUCUUUUGCAUCGAGAAGAAAAAGAAAACUAAAUUAUUUUAAUAUUCUUAGCACAGUUUUAUUUUUAAAAAAAUGACAACCUUUCAAUAACAAAGUUUAUUGUAGUAAGAAACAAAUCUACAACAAAAAAAAACAAACUCUACAUUCCAACUUAUUCAAAUAAAUUUUGUUAUAGAAAUUACUUUUAUUUGUAAUUUUUUCUAUGAAUCGUUAUUCCGUCCACAAAAUAAUGUAUUUACAAAAACACACAAAACGUCCAUAAUAUUUUAAAUAAAAUUUACAAUUUUCAAAAGAA